AUGGGUGACUGGGAAUUCCUGCAGAAACUGCUGGACCAAGUCCAGGAGCAUUCGACUGUGAUUGGGAAGAUCUGGCUCACCGUGCUCUUCAUCUUCCGCAUCCUCAUCCUGGGCUUGGCCGGGGAGUCCGUGUGGGGGGACGAGCAGUCGGAUUUUGUUUGUAACACCAAGCAGCCAGGCUGCACCAACGUCUGCUACGACAAAGCCUUCCCCAUCUCCCACAUCCGCUACUGGGUGCUCCAGUUCCUAUUUGUCAGCACCCCAACCCUGAUUUACCUGGGCCAUGUUGUCUAUCUGUCCCGGAAGGAGGAGAAGCUGAAGAAGCAGGAGAGCGAGCUUCGGGCUAUCCACAGCAAGGACCCAAAAAUCGAGCAGGCCCUGGCAGCCCUGGAGAAGAAGAUGUCCAAGAUCUACAUGUCAGAGAGUGGGCGGCUCAAGAUCCGAGGGGCACUGAUGUGGACGUACAUCACCAGUGUCAUCUGCAAGAGCAUCUUUGAGGCCGGUUUCCUCGUGGGCCAGUGGUACCUGUACGGCUUCUCCAUGGUGCCCCGCUACGUGUGCAAGAGGGACCCCUGCCCCCAUCAGGUGGACUGCUUCAUCUCCCGCCCCACCGAGAAGAGCAUUUUUAUCAUCUUCAUGCUGGUGAUGGGCCUAAUCUCCUUAAUCCUGAACCUCCUGGAACUCUUCCACCUCUGCUGCAAGAACCUGCUUAGCAACAUCAAGAAGGUGUCGGGGCCAGCUGGACCAAGUCAGGACACCUUUGUGGAUGACAUGGCCUCGAGUCCCUACGUGCCCAAGCACUAUCCCUUCCUGCCCAUGGCCGAGAGCCACGCGCCGUCCUACCAGACCUACAACAAGCUCUCCAGCGAGCAGAACUGGGCCAACUACCGCAAUGAGGAGAACCUGGCACUGGGCAGCGGCAGCAGGCCCCUGUCGGACCCCUACACCCCCCGACCUGCUGAAGCCUCCGCUCCAGAGGAGAAGCCGGGCAGCCGGCCCGGGAGCUCAGCAUCUAAAAAGCAAUACGUGUAG